ACUCUGCUGCAGUUCGCCAUCACGUUAGGCGCAUUGUUGUUUUAGAGGUUUCUUGAUUUGGAUUGUUAAAUAUUUGUGCUUAUACUAUCAACGUAAAUCGUUGUAUUAUUUAAAUUUCCAUUUGAACGAUGGAUGAUGGUGAUUAUGAUAACGACGACGUCGGAGGAGACGAAUUUGAUGAUGUCGAAGAAGAUGAUAACAUUGAUGAACUAAAUCAAGAAGAAGACGGGGAUAACAUCGAACUCAUCACACCAGGACAAGCCGGUGGGGGAGUUCCAAAAUCUAAAAGGAUCACUACGAAAUAUAUGACAAAAUACGAACGCGCCCGAGUUCUGGGCACGAGAGCAUUACAGAUUGCGAUGUGCGCUCCUAUUAUGGUUGAGUUGGAAGGUGAGACGGAUCCGCUGCAGAUUGCAAUGAAGGAACUGAAACAGCGGAAGAUUCCUAUCAUCAUUCGUCGAUAUUUACCAGAUGCUUCGUACGAAGAUUGGAGCAUUGACGAGUUGAUUAUUAUUGACCAUUAAUAAAUUAAGGAAUUGUAUUUACUAUUAGAGCCUAAUAAAUUUCAUAUUUAUAAAUUAAA